ACCGUCCCAUUUCUCUUUUAUCCCAACUUUGUCACUCGUUCACCCCUGAUAAACGUCCAAUCUUCUGACCAUCAGGGUUAUGGCGCCGGUCUCUUUUCGCGCGCUCUUAAUCGCGGUCUCAAUAACGGGAGAUAUCGUCUCCGCGCAGACUUAUCAAAUAGAUUCGGAUGAUAACAUCAUCUCAACAUCUAAGGCUCUCGCUCAAAAUGUCAUGACAUAUUACCACGGCAAUGAAUCCGGACAAACGCCCGGUAUCCUCCCUGGUCCUCCCCCGGCAGGCGAUUACUACUGGUGGGAAGGUGGAGCGCUUUGGGGAACCAUGAUCGACUAUUGGCAUUAUACUGGAGAUACUACCUACAACGACUUAAUUACCCAGGCUAUGCUUUGGCAGGUUGGCCCGAAUAAGGACUAUAUGCCUCCUAACGUUACCGCCUCUCUUGGCAACGAUGACCAAGGAUUCUGGGGCAUGUCUGCUAUGUUAGCUGCUGAAGUCAACUUCCCCGACCCUCCUUCCGAUCAACCCCAGUGGCUGUACCUAGCUCAGGCAGUCUUCAAUACUCAAGCCGACCCCGGCCGCCAUGACACUACUUGUGGUGGCGGUUUACGAUGGCAAAUCCCCUUCGCCAAUAAUGGAUAUGACUACAAGAAUAGCAUCGCCAAUGGCUGCUUCUUCAACCUCGGUGCCCGCUUGGCGCGUUAUCUGAACAAUCAAACAUACGCUGAUUGGGCCGAGAAAACCUGGGACUGGGUCGAGAGUAUCGGUUUGAUGGACAGCGACUAUAGGAUCUACGAUGGCGCUCACGUCGAGACCAACUGCACUGAUAUUAACAAGGCCCAAUUUUCAUACAACAACGCCGUUUAUCUCCUAGGAGCGGCGUAUAUGUACAAUUUUACAGGUGGAGAAUCGAAAUGGGAACAACGAAUCACGGGACUUUUAGAUGCUACACUUCGCGAUUUUUUCAAAAACAAUGUCGCCUACGAAAUUGCAUGCGAGGAGCACAUGACCUGUACAACAGAUAUGUUGAGUUUCAAGGGAUACUUACACCGGUGGAUGACGACUAUGACGCAAAUCGCCCCAUUCACAGCCGAGAAAGUUCUACCGGUCCUGAAGGACUCAGCUCAAGCUGCGGUGAAGCAGUGUACUGGACCGCCAGCUGGAAAGACAUGCGGAUUCGGGUGGUCAAGCGGUAUAUUCGAUAACAGUGUGGGCGCUGGCCAGGUGAUGAACGUUCUAGGAGCCGUUUCGUCCCUCCUAGUUGGAAAGGCCAAAGCUCCGGUGACAAUGGAAUCGGGUGGAACCAGUGAAGGCGACCCGAAUGCAGGCGCGGGUAGCGAUUCAUUUGUUCACACACCAUCACCAAUAACAGCAGGAGAUAGGGCAGGUGCUGGUAUUUUAACGGCCCUUGUUCUAGUUUCCGCAGUUGGAACAUUUGGAUGGAUGAGCAUAGGUGUAUGAAGGAAAUCAUAUACCAGCAUAAUUAUAAACUAAGAUGAACCGAGCUCACCAUUAAUAUAAUUCGACAACCCAUCAAUGAUCAUGAAGGGCCUUGGAAGGCAAUCAUCAAUAGGACAUAUAAGGUGGCGUCUAGGAUGGAAGGAAGGUAGAUAGGUACCUACCUAGGUAUGCAGUACCACACCAAAAGGGCAUGAGGCGUUCGGAACGGUUGUCAAUGAGCGUUUUCUCAUGAAACGAGGAUUUAGUUUUCGUUUUUGUUACUUCAAAUUUUUAAGCAG